UGAUUCUACUGUGCUUUAACAUCAUGUUGGACCAUCAUGGGAGGGCACACACCUCACACACAGGGGGGGAAGUCCCAGGUCAGGCAGAGAGCUGGUACCCAAAUGAGCUUCCAUUGCUGAAACACAGGUCCAUCUCACUCUCGUCUUCAAACCGAGGAGUCCCCCACCGCUUCUUCAUCUCGCCAGUGGGAGGGUGAUCAGGCCUGAUGGCUGGAAGCUGCAGUGGGGGUCAGUACUGGGAUGGUUUGCUCAAAGGAUGUAUUGGUUGUCAAACACAAUGCAACCAACCACAUGUCAUCCCCAAAUGCACCAGUUACUGUGAGUCUGCACAUUGUAAAGCACUGCUUGGCCACUACUACGAUAGGCUGCUGAAGAUAUGUGUGAGGUGCGCUAAGAUUUGUGGCAGUCACCCACCAGAAUGCUCCCAGCACUGCCAGAAGGUAUCCCUCCCAUCUACCCCCCGAGCUCCGACACCUCCUGUGACUACCAAAAAGCUCCUGGUUGAAGUUACCUCGCCCGUGCCAAAUUCCAGAGGGAUCUCAGGGCUGACAGCCCUGGAAGACUCCACCAUCCUGCUGUACUCCCUGCUGGCCGUGUGCAUGCUGCUGCUGUUCUCUAGCUUGUCUCUAGCAUUGGCAGUCUUACUGAGGAGAGCAAGGGCCAAAACCUCCAAACCGGGAACCAAGGAGGCUAACCACAACCUGGAGAGCGUGGCCCAGCAGGGCCAGGAGGUUGGUCGGCCGGGGCAGAGUUCCAAAGAUUUUGUAACAAAUUCAAACCGCACCAGAGACCGGGAGCAAUCCUAUGACUCCAUUCCUACCGAGACCUGCGUAUGUGUCCACUGUUUCCCUGAUCUGAAAGCACUGGGCCAGGGCAACAACAGGCCGCUGAGAGCCCCCUUCUCAUUCUACCAGCAGCCGUUCCUCCAUAGAGGGCCUGUCCGGGCUGAGGAGAACCUACACAUCUCUGGACUGGAGGUGCUGGAGGAGGCGGCAGUUGGAUGAGGCUCAUUUAGCUGUCCCACGGGGACAACUGGAAUGUCCAAAUGUGUCCCCAGGUCAUAGGAGAAGAUUGUCAGUGUAUUCGAUUGUUUAAUCAGACUGUGGGAUAACAUCACCGCAGUGUGAUAGAUUGUGAAACUGAAAAAAAAAUAGGGUGUUAAAAGGGUUGCACGCUCAUCUAAGACCCCCAUCAACCUCACCUGACACAGAUUGCCAACCAUCAUCUUGGCAUGUCCGCUCACAUUUCCAUAAGACAUCAUUUCAGUAACCUAUAGUUACAGGAAGACACGACUUGCAUGUCUUAAAGUUCAUGACUCCUGCUCUCCAGAUUACUUUUCAACCAAAACAAGUGAACCACACCGCCCAUAACAUUACUUUGGGUAGUCUAGUGCAGGUAUCAGCGGAGGAGAACUUAUAAUCUGCCAACUACAGUAACAUUUCAUUGUCGACUAAUCUGUCGAUUAUUAUUAUUUUCUGGAUUAGUUGUUUGGUCUAUAAAAUGUCAGAAAAUGGUUUUAAUAAAGUCAAUCAGUGGUUUCCAAUGCCUAAGUAACACACAACUCCAAAAAUAUUCCAUUUACUGUCACAGAGGAGAAAAUAUUCACAUUUAACAAUCUGGAAUCUGAUAAUUUGGGCCUUUUUCACAUAAAAAGAGACUCAAACCGAUUAUCAAACAGAUACCUUAUUGAUUCAUCUUUGCAGCUGUAGUUUUCCUGACAAUAAUCAGUCAAGUGUGUUUUUUUUUUUUUUUUUAUACAACCACUGGGAGAAAUGUUGAAGUCCUACUGAUUCCUCGGUUAGGGCUUCAAGUAUAGAAAUGUACAUGUGCAAGUACUGGCACAACAUGCGUAGAGUGUGUGUAUGUCAAUUUUGUGCGAUACUGUGAAGUAUAUAUUUGUGGGGUGACUGUUUGUAUUACGAUUGAGAAUCUUCUUGUACUUACU